ACAUAAAAAAUUAAUGUUUCUUCAUGUCUAAAAAAAAAUAGGUCUCACAAUUAAAAAAAUUGUUGUGCCCCCUCGGCCACCAAAGUCUGAACACGCUUAUGUUGUCGAUGUCGGAAUGUACGGUUUCUUGCCAUAGAAAUAACGCGUUUCUAGGGUGACGGCAACGAUAAUAAUUUCGCACAAACACAUAGCAUAAUAAUAAUAUUACUACAAUAGUAGGUAUAGGUACUGCUGAGAUUGUGGCGUUAAACGUUACAAUAAUAACAGCAACAACAACUUAUAUCAAUAAAAGGUACUCGCAAUAACAAUAACAAUAAUAAUAACGUCGGGCGAGUGUAUCAUGUUAUAUCAUGCGUAACUCUUCUCAGUGGCGUAGCCAGGGGCGACGAGGGGGCUGCAACCUUUCCCGAAAUUUCAGGAAAAAUUAUACAUGCAUCCAGUGUUCUGUGAACACAAUAUCAUAGCAUAUUACGUAAGAUGUAACCUUGUACACAAAUUGUAAUAUUUAUAAAAAGGUAAGUGCAAAAGUCUAAUAUACUAUAUUCCGGGUAUCGGCCUGUGAUGGCUAUCGCAUCACCUACUUAACUUCCGAGGGAUUCUACAGUUUGUUAAACAUUCCCUAUACAACAAAUAUCAGCCCCAUACUCCAAAGCAAAAUCUUGGUUACGCCACUGCAUUUUCUACUUCUUUAGAUCAAAUAUCACCAAAUUUCAAAUUUUUAUAGCUGCUUUUUGACACACUUCAUCAUUGUAAUAUCAAACGUCAUAACAUAUGAUAAUAACGUAUACACACUCGUGUAAUAAUUACUAUACUAUAAUUAUACCCGCGUGAUAUUCAUAUUAUACAAUACUGUUUAGUGUGUGCAGUGGGUAAACCUAGUAUACCCCCCCCCCCUCCCGGUUGUAGUUCUCGUCGAGAUGUAUUUAUGCACACGUUGCAGUAUACCGGAAGCGGCGGAAGUGAAAUACGUUAGCGCGCCCGGAUGUACGCGCGUGUUAAUAUUAACUAUUAUACACAUACCGCGGUUGCCGCGCAGCCACCUAUUGGUGCCGAGUUUUCAAAGACCUCGCGUACCCCCCCCCCUCUUCGGGUGGUCACACGCCCUUCCCGGUCCAUCGUUCUGUAGUUCACGUCGAUCCACGUCUGUGGCUAUAUCCACGCGUGUGUGUGGAUCGCCGCAGUCCAUCGCGUCGCGGCCACAGUGUAAUAUUACACGUUCGCGGCGGCCGUCGUGGCCAUAUUAUUAUUAUAUAAGGCACUCGGCUGGUGUGUUCCGCAAUCGCCGGAUAUACAUGUUCAGGGAUGCAUGAAAACAACAUAAAUUGCACGACACACAUAAUGUACGGUGGCGGCGGCGUCGAACUGCGAGGGAGGGAAGCGGCACAAGGGCAAUCCGACUGGAAAAAAAAAAAAAAAUAGAAACAGAAUAAAGUUAGGACCGUAAAUCAUUACCAAGCGUUGCCAUUUGAGCGUGGGUAUGUUAGGGAGGGGGGUGGCAAAAUGAGACGUAACUUUUGCGAAAUAAACGACUCGGUUGCUUGGAAAAACGGGAUGCGAGGUGUGUUUAUAGCGGAAGGAAAUGGGCGGAGGGUUGGGGACAGAGAGAAAAAGUUUUCCUCCCUUCUGCAGGCAGCCAUCUCCUCGCUCUCUUAAUCUGCUUAUUAGAGCUAUUCCACCCCCUCUCCACCAAAAAUACCCUCCAACCGACACCAUCGCCACGCUACGGCCCGUCGCUAUACCGCACACGCACAAACGUUCUAAUUUAACAAAAAGGCGAGAAAUUCUAAGCUCUCCCCACUGCCAUUUUUGCCAUCGUGCCGAACCCGUGGCUUCCAAAAUAACGGUGGCACGAGUACAUGACUGUUCCGUAAUAGAAUUUAUCGAAGUCAAAAAUGGGUUGUGUGAACUCUCAUGACUUUUUUCACCCCUUUUCUCUUCGUUUCUCAUCCCUGUUUGGCCCCUCAACGACAAAUAACAAGUGCACGUUGUUUACAUUCACCGUCGUCUCAUCCGGCGGAUACGACCUGACCUGCGGACGGGUGGCGCUUUCAGGCGCGCAGUGUACCGUAACCGUUUUCCUUUUGAUCGCAUAUUUCUUUUCCACGGACGUCCGUUGUACGUUACGUCCACUUACAGCGUCAAAAUGAACGUCGUCAAUAGACCACCACUGCAAGUGGAAUAGCAUUUUUAACGAAAGAAAAUCGCUCGAAAAUUAUUGAUCAACUGCGAAAACAUAAGGUGACGUGUGCGUUUAUAACGAAAACGAACCAUCCAUCGCUGUGGUUCGACCAUGCCGCCGUCGCCACUGCUGUUGAUGGUACUGACGAUACUGCCGCCACUUCUGGUGCUGUUGUUCUGUAACGCUGCCGCAGUAAGCUCUCAGUUGGCAUGGACACAAAUCUACGUCGGUUCCAACAGCCAAGUGGACUUGUGGACGCAAGAAUCGCAAGGAUGCCGAUGCAAUCACGAUUUACUCAGACAGGACUGCGCCUGCUGUGUGCCACAGGGCGGAUGUCAAUGCGGAGCACUAGCGCUGAACCGUUGUGCGCAAUGCGGUCUGGAGCAGCAUUGCACGAACAUGUGCAACGUCACGAUAAAAGCUGAUAUGCUGUUGGCCCGUUCAAACUCGACGUUCGGCCAGAUCAAAUCUCCCGCGCUGUCUGGUCCUAACCACUGUUGGUACACGCUGGACCCUGGAUACGACAGACGUGUGGAACUGCAAGUUUACAGGCUCGUCAACGCCGGCCAUUUCAACGGUUCCAGUUGCGUAUCGGGAUACCUGGAGUUGCUGGAUUCUUUUGGACAAGGGUCAGGGCCCCGGAUAUGUGGCCAAGACGAACGGUUAUCACCUCCAGUCGUCAUGUUUGCGGAUCGAGAAUCGGCCGUAUUGAAUUUCCGAAUCGAAGAAGCUACGUCUAGAUCACAAUUUUUGGCAUAUUUCAGCUUCACUUCGCUAACGAAUGUUCAUGGUCUAGCGUUCAGGCCCAAAGGAGGCAGAAGGAUAGAGCACACGGUUUGCGAUUGGCUGUAUCAAGACUUUUCUUGUAACAAAGACUCUUGUACGCUUGCUAGCCCAGGGUUUCCGGGAAUCUAUGGUACAAACCUUUAUUGCAAGUACCAUAUAACAACAAGCUCCGUUCAUACCAAAGUACGACUACAAUUUCUCACGCUAUCAUUACCACUCAAUCAUUGUGGAGCACAUUACAUAAGCGUUUACCAAGGACCGACAUCCAACAGUCCUUUGCUGACUACAAUUUGUGACAAGAGCACAAAAGACCACACAUUUCCCGGGCCAAACGUGCUGCUUGAGUUCAGGGCUGGUGCCUCGAUCCCCCCGUACGACUACACGGGCUUUGUGGCUACUAUCGAGUUCAUCGAUGACGCGAGUACGCAACCAGCCAGUACUGCGGCCACGUUGGAAGUGUCACCGUAUCCAGCCGUCGCAGUUCAAAGAAACUUGAGGAACGACCAAUCUUGUGAGUUGACAAUCAAAUCGGCCGACAUCAAGUCUGGACAUUUCGAUUUACGUGGUGUGCAAAAUUGGAAAACAAAUUGCACUAUUCGUUUCGAAGGGAGGGAACCGGAGAUCGUGCACAUAUCCUUGUUUAACUACGUGCUCAAAGCCAGUUCUUGUCAAUCAUUCAUUGAAAUUUACGAUGGACCAGAUAUAAGGUCGAAAGAUAAAACUAAACGAUUGUGCAGUCCCGUAGAGAAUCAUGCUAGGGAUACAAAUGGCAUGUUUCGUGAAAGACAAAUGUUUGUUUCGUCGGGGAAUCAUAUGACGCUCUUCGUCCGCAGAUUAAUGGCAAACAAUCAAGACGAAGAGACCGAAUAUUUGGAUGGUGCCUACAGUUUCUUUAAUGUAUUAGAAAGAGGGACAUUGCAACCGGACACGUUAUGUGAUGUUAACUACAAUGGCCGAAGCAGUUCAUCUAGAGGGAAAUUGAAACACCCAGGAACCGAACAAAUAUUUUGGAAUGUCGAAGGACAGUUGAGGUGUUCUCAAAAUCUCAUUCCAGCUACCAAUCAAAGCAUAAGCAUCAAAGUUAUAUCGUUAAAUAAAAUGUCUUCGAAUCUGUGUUACACUGAAUGCGGGGACGGCGGGUGUCGUUGUGUCAAAAACGCUUCAUCGGUCGUCGAUCAGCUGUAUGUCAUCUCCACUAACGAUGACAUAUUGUCCUGCAUUUGUGGCGAUUUUCAGGCCGAAUGGUUACCAGUCACCGUCAAAUCGUGGUCACCCAUCAAGUUGGUAUACUCGGUAUCAAAGUACAGCUGGGCCAACAAGGGGUUCGAAUACUCAGCCGAGUAUUCGUUCAAAGACGAUAUGGUGUGCGGUUAUCGGGUCAUCAACCAACAUACCGGCAUACUUGAAUCGCCGAUAAUGAUCAGGGAGAGUCCACUCAAUUUCUAUUACCAUCAGGAUUGUACGUGGUUACUAGAUUCAAAUGUCGAACGUCACUUGACCAUAGAAAUAGGAAGUUCACAAAGUCGUCCCUGCUCAGCGUGGAAUAUAAGCAUUCACGAGUAUUCGGAAAGAUCAGAUGACAAAGCUGGUCCGAUAUUAUACACAUUCUGCUCCAGGGAAAAAAAUUCAACCAACACUCUCCCGUGGCAAACUAAUAUCGUUGUAAUCAAGCUAAGAGCAAUGACGCAGACUCCGCCACAAUACUACAUCAAAUGGAGAUCAGAUGUCGAUCGUGCCAGACUGUCUGGGUCGACGGCCCAUACAGCCGCUGCAAGUGCAGGAUCACUGAAAUUGGCAAAUGAUUGGACAAUAUUAUUAUUUACCAUCAUAUUUCUUUACGUAAAACAAAUGAAAAACAGUUGAAUAUUUGUAUUAUUGCCAGUAUAAUUAAUUAAGUGUUUUUUUUUACAUACGUAGAUUUAAGUAAAACUUUCUACAAAUAAUUGGACUAUAAACGAUUAUUUCCGUGGUUGUGACACGUUAGUGUUUGAUUGAUUUCGUGCCAAACUCUUACGUAAAUAUUUUGAUUAGUAAUUUCAUGAGUUUACAGUUGUAGAUAAUCUGAUAAUUUAUUUGCUGAAUAUUUCCAUAUCAUCUACUGAAUGAUAAAAUUAAUAACAAAAAUCUACUUGCACCUAUAAUUUUUUUGUGUAUAAUCAUUAAACUAUGAAUAAAAAAUCAUUAUACAAUCGGUACUCAAUAAAAACUGUAUGAUAUGUCAUA